AAGAUACAUGUUAGAAUGGCGGAAACUGUAAUUCAUAAGGGGGUCACGGAUGGGUCAUUGCUCAAAGCUUUCAGUGCUGGUGCGGUGCUGGUUGUGGAAGUGACUCAUUCAUUGGCCACUGCACCGAGUACCAAGUUGCGCAAAAUUCAACAUGGAUCAUGUGGGUCAUGCAAGAACAAGUCAUGGUCAAGUGCCAAAGGAAGGAAUCAGCUGGUCAGGUGUUCAGCAAAAAAAUGCCUAUGCCAGAUUAGUGCAGCAACAUCACAGUGGACGGUUUAAAUUCUUUUUGAACUACAUAGCUCAGAAGCUGCAGCAAGAAGAGAGUUCACAUGGAGAUGCUGGCUUGGAUAGAGACUUGGAAAUUGAGGGUGGUUUUCAGGAAUUAUUGGGAAGAAAUGGACCAAGCAAUCAUAACUUGCCAACUAAACAAGCCUCUUGUGAGAGCAGAGGUUGUGAACAUGGGGACCCUUGCAGAAAAUCUGAGGCAGUAGCUGAAAAGCAGAAAGGCAAUGCUGCUACAAUAUCAAGUCAUGAUUCAGAUUUGGAGCCAGAGAACUCCGGAAAAGUUCUAGUAAAUACUUCUGGAAAAAGGCAAAUGUAUCCCACAAGUAAGGGGCCAUCGAUACAAAUGUGUGAAUCUGAUAACAAAGAAUCCUAUAAAAGGGACAACCAAUCUGAUAAGCAAAAGGCUAAGUCUCAAACUCCUAUCAAAGGCUCCCAAAGAGAACAGCUUUUAGAAGGUGGUCACAAGCGUGGAUUUCACAGAACCAGAAACCAGUCAGAAAGUGCUUGCACACCCCCAAGCCUCAACAGGCAGAGACAGCUUUCAGAAUCCCACUGCGAAACUAUGCACAACAACGAAUUUCUGAGCCCUGUUCAAACUGGCACCCAAAGAGGCACAAAUCGCAGCAUUUUGAAUGAGAAGUGUCGUGGAAAGGGUAAAAAAAAGAAUAUAUUUGAGGCCUACAUUACAAAAGAGGAAGUAUCUGCAGGUUUGAAAAGAGGAGAGCUAAUCCAGGGUUCGCUAAGGAUUAAUCCUAAGAAAUUUCAUGAAGCAUACUUGCCACCUCCGGAUGGUGUAAGGGACAUAUUCAUUGAUGGGGUAGUUUCCCGAAACAGAGCUUUGAAUGGGGAUGUUGUUGUUGUGAAGUUACUUCCUCGUGAACAGUGGAAGGUAUUGAAGACUGAUGUUUGUGAGGGUGAUGAUGUGCCGGGUCACGAGUACUCAACUGGAUGUGCUCAGAAAGCAAUUGUGGAUCAAGUUAAAGCAUGUGCAAUAGAAGAAAAAGCAUUGUCCAAGCAAGGGGAUUCUAGAAGUUUGUCAGAUGACUGCUUUCAGAAAACGGCAAAGGUAGUUUACAUACUGGAGAAAAAACAUUCAAGAGCAGCAACUGGGUUUAUUAAACCUCUGUCUGACAAGAGCACUGACCUUGCAAGGAAGCAUGCUUUAUUUUCUCCUGUGGACCACAGACUUCCCCGUAUAAAUGUCCCUCUUGUUGACUGUCCUCAUGACUUUGCAAUGCACCCAGAAACCUAUGCUAGCACCCUAUUUAUCUGCAGUAUCACAGCCUGGAGAGAGGACAGCAACUUUGCUGAGGGGAAAUUAAUGAAAAGUCUUGGGCAGGCAGGAGAAAUUGAACCUGAAACAGAGGGAAUAUUAAUGGAGUAUGGUGUCGAUUUUUCAGAUUUCCCCAAAAAGGUUUUGCAGUGCCUGCCACAGAACCUUCCAUGGUCUAUACCCCAGGAGGAGUUCCAGAAGAGAAAAGACCUGAGGAAUGAAUGCAUUUUCACCAUUGAUCCUGCCACUGCAAGGGACCUCGAUGAUGCUUUAUCAUGCAAAUCACUUCCAGAUGGUAAUUUUGAAGUAGGAGUUCAUAUUGCAGACGUGAGCUAUUUUGUUGCGGAAGGAAGUGCUCUGGACUCUAUGGCUAGCGAGAGAGCCACAAGUGUAUAUCUCGUACAGAAGGUAAUUCCAAUGCUACCCAGACUUCUGUGUGAGGAGCUGUGCAGUCUGAAUCCAAUGACUGACAGACUAACAUUUUCAGUCAUAUGGAAAAUUACACCGCAAGGCAAGAUCCUGGAUGAAUGGUUUGGUCGGAGUAUCAUCUGCUCCUGUGUCAAGCUAAGUUAUGACCAUGCCCAGAACCUAAUAAAUCAUCCAGACAAGAUGUUUGAGAAGAAUGAGCUGCCCCCAGUGUCAUCCCAGCAUGCCAUUAAUGAGAUUCACCAAGCUGUACUAAACCUUCAUCUUAUUGCACAAAACCUACGUAAGCAGCGCUUUGAUGAUGGGGCCUUGAGACUAGAUCAGCUGAAAUUAACUUUUACUCUGGACAAGGAGAGUGGGAUGCCUCAAGGAUGCUACAUCUACCAAUACAGAGACAGCAACAAACUGGUGGAAGAAUUCAUGUUACUUGCAAAUAUGGCUGUGGCACAUCACAUAUACCGCCGAUUUCCAGAAGAGGCUUUGCUGCGCCGACACCCUCCUCCACAAACCAAGAUGCUCAAUGACCUUAUUGAAUUCUGUGAUCAAAUGGGACUGCAGCUGGAUUUUACUAGUUCCGGGACAUUGCAUAAAACUUUGAAUGAUCAGUUUGGAACAGAUGAAUAUUCGACAGCGCGUAAGGAGGUUCUGACCAAUAUGUGCUCUCGGCCCAUGCAGAUGGCACUAUAUUUCUGCAGUGGAGCCCUGAACGAUGAAGCCCUGUUCCAUCACUAUGCACUGAAUGUCCCUCUGUAUACUCAUUUCACAUCUCCUAUAAGGCGUUUUGCUGACAUAAUUGUUCAUCGUCUCCUUGCAGCAUCUCUUGGAUGUGGACCUCCUCUGAAAACCUCAAAAGAGGUCAUCCAGAAACAAGCCGAUCAUUGUAAUGACCGCAAAACAGCAUCCAAGAGAGUGCAGGAACUGAGUGCGGAGCUUUUCUUCUCUGUCUUUGUAAAGGAGUGUGGCCCCCUGGAGUCAGAGGCCAUGAUUAUGGGUGUCCUUAAUGAAGCUUUUGAUGUUAUCGUGCUUAGAUUCGGGGUCCAGAAGCGCAUAUAUUGUAAUAGCCUUCCUCUUGUUAGUUCAAAUUUCCAACAGAUCGGGAAAAGACCUGAGCUGACACUGCUUUGGAAACCAGAACAGAAAGGAGAGAAAUCUGUGCAACAAGUGAUCAGUAUCUUCACCCUUGUGGAGGUGGUCCUCAAGACAGACAAUGUGCCCCUGAAGUAUACAGCGCUACUGAAAAGACCAGAGGCCCAGUGACUGGAAUUUGGAGAUCAUGGGAAAUGCUACUGCACCCAGAGCAUUGCUCAAUGCAGUUUCCAUUACUGUGGAUAACAUUCUUUAUUUUAAGGGGGAGGCAUGUUUUAUAAGUAAUUUCUGUUGUGGCAUUGACUUCAGUGUGUGUGUAAAUGUCUUUGAUGCUGGUAACCCAGUCUGUAUAUCCAAACAAAGCAUAAGAGGAGUUUAAUGAAGGAUAUGGAUUUUUUCUUGCAGACCCAAUGUAGGGUUCCGAUGGUAAUUUUAAUUUACUUUUUAAAUGAAAUUGGAGAAGUUCGACCUACUAAAUUUGUUUUAUAAAUAGGCAGAAGUUCUUGUGCCUUCUUAUAAGCACUUUCCCAAUUCAUAAGCCACCACCAACAUCUCCGCAACUGGCAUAUGAACUCACUGGAAUUUUUAAGUUUUAUGUAUUUUUAGGCCUGACCAGCAGCUAUUCAUUUUAAGACACUGUUUUGUUUUUUCUCUGAAUGAACUCAUGGCUGGCACCAUAUGAGAGCUAUGUUUUAGUUAAACUGUACCAAAUGGUAAUUCAUGCUUUUUUUUUUUUUAAUCUUGUUCCAGUUUUCUCCACUUGCUCCUGGUGACCUUAUUACAGAUUUGUAAAUAAAAAGAUACAUGUCCAUUUUUUUUGUUUAAAGUUGCAAGGCAGUCAGUGGCACUCAUUUAGAGGCAAUUUGGUUGCCAUAGGCACUUGCCCAGGAGCACAUUUACCCAAUGUUAGUAAUGAGCCCCACUGUUUCCUUUGACAUUGCCUUUUGACUUAAUUGUAAUUGAGAUCAGAUUCUCGCGCAACAGUCCAUCCCAGAAAUAAUCUUGUCUCACAAUUCUUUUAUCUCAACUCCACCCUUCAAUAAAGCAAUGUUUUCUGUG